AUGUGGUCCCGAAUGAACCGAGCCGCUGAGGAGUUUUACUCUCGUCUCCUGCGGGAGUUUGAUGAAGAAAAGAAAGGAAUCCAUAAAGACCCAUUUAUCUAUGAGACUGAUGUUCAAGGGCAGUUGAUCGGCAAAGGCCAACCAAACCCUUUGAAAAAUAUUCUAAAUGAAAAUGAUAUGAUAUUCAUUGUAGAGAAAUUGUUAUGGCAGUUAAUUGGACUUUACACUAUGGCUCACAAUCCUAAUAUGACCCACUUGAAGACUAAUCAUCCAGUUACUGCCCUUCCUGCCCUGUGGGUGAGGUGUGACAGUUCAGAUCCUGAAGGGACCUGUUGGCUGGGAGCUGAGCUUGUCACCACAAAUGACAACAUUACAGGAAUUGUCUUAUAUACGGUCAGUUGUAAAGCUGAUAAAAAUUAUUCUGUAAAUCUUGAAGACCUAAAAAGUUCACAUAAGAAAAGACAUCACUUGUCUACUGUAACAGCCAGGGGCUUUGCCCAGUAUGAGCUGUUUAAGUCCACGGCCUUGGACGACACACUUGCCGCAUCACAGACUACGAUCACUUUGGAUAUUUCCUGGAGUCCCGUGGAUGAGAUUCUUCAAACCCCUCCACUUUCCUCAACUGCAACCCUGAAUAUUAAAGUGGAAUCGGGAGAGCCCAGAGGUCCUUUGAAUCAUCUCCAGAGAGAAGUGAAAUUUCUCCUUGUCUUGGCUGAUGGUUUGAGGACGGGUGUAAGCGAAUGGCCUGAGCCUCUGGAAGUAAAGUCUGCUGUUGAUCUUGUGCAGGAAUUUCUGAAUGACUUAAAUAAGCUGGAUGGAUUUGGUGAUUCUACAAAAAAAGACACAGAGACAGUGAAGCAUGACAGUGCUGCAGUUGACCGUACCAUCGAGUGUCUUUUCACAGUGCGGGGCGAUCUCGAUUUUGCUGAGCAGCUGUGGUUCAAAAUGAGCAGUAGUGUGAUUUCUUAUCAAGACUUGGUGAAAUGUUUCACGCUGAUCAUCCAGAGUCUACAACGUGGUGAUAUACAACCAUGGCUCCAUAGUGGGAGUAACAGUUUACUAAGUAAGCUUAUUCAUCAGUCUUAUCACGGAACCAUGGAUACAAUUUCUCUCAGUGGGACUGUUCCAGUUAAGAUGCUUUUGGAAAUUGGUCUGGACAAACUAAAGAAAGAUUAUAUCAGCUUUUUCAUAGGUCAGGAACUUGCAUCUUUGAAUCAUUUGGAAUAUUUCAUAACUCCAUCAGUAGAUAUACAAGAACAGGUGUGUCGUGUUCAAAAACUCCACCAUAUUCUAGAAAUAUUAGUCAGUUGCAUGCUUUUCAUUAAACCCCAACAUGAGCUCCUCUUUGCUUUAACACAAUCCUGCAUAAAAUACUACAAACAAAAUCCUCUUGACGAGCAACACAUUUUUCAGCUGCCAGUCAGACCAACUGCUGUAAAAAGCUUAUAUCAAAGUGAGAAGCCACAGAAAUGGAAAGUGGAAAUCAGUGGUGGUCAGAAGAAGGUGAAAACAGUUUGGCAGCUGAGUGACAGUGCACCUGUAGACCAUCUGAGUUUCCACAAACCUGAUGUUUCUGAAUUAACAUUAAAUGGUAGCCUGGAAGAAAGGAUGUUCUAUACUAACAUGGUCACCUGCAGCCAGGUGCAUUUCAAGUGAAGUGUGCCAAUGGAGUCCUCUGUAAGCACAAGCCAAAAC